GCUAGCCUUGGGUGUUAGCUAGCCGCUUGAUUUUCUCUCCAACAUACUUUGAUCCAGCAGGUGGGUCACAGUUUAUGUCAACAACUUUGUACGGAGCCACGCUGAUUAACUCAUGCAACGAAAGCAUUGGUUUAUAAAAGUAACCGCUUGUUGUCAGAAAUAAAUGUCGUCAGAUGGAUGGUAAAAGUUGAAAACCAAUGUUAGCUAACAGCUAGCUGGCUUGUUAACAAGUUGGCUAGCUUAACGUUAGCUAGCAUAGCUGUAAAAUGAACUCUUAGCUGAUUUUGCUUAACAAACACACAUAAACGUCCGCUAGUUAUCAGAUAUAUAGCUAGUUGAUGUGUCGUAGGUCAGUAGGAAGGAUGGACAGUCUGUUUUCAGUGUAAACGCAGUAACUUGUUAUGAGUUUUACGCACAGCGACAAAAAUGUCCAUGUUAGGUCAUCUUCACACGGCGGGUUGGUUCUGCUAAGAAGAGCUGCAUACAUCUACUCAGAGGAUGUUAGGAUGGAGUGUGGCCCAGUUCUGCCGGACAGCCUGGUGUUGGAGAUCUUCCUGCGUCUGCCCCAUGAUGCUGUGCUGAGAGCUGGUCUGACCUGCAGACAGUGGCUGGCUGUCUCCAGAGAUGAGUUCCUUUGGAGGGAGCUGUUCUACAGCUACUACCGCAUACCACGCUCUGUACCCCGACACCCAGCGGCUGUGUCGUGGUACAGGGAGUUCAGACGUCUGUUUGACUGCAUCCCCUGUGUGGAGGUUCAGACGCUGAGAGAGCACAGCGACCAAGUCCUCCACCUGGCUUUCUCUCACAGGGGUCACCGGUUCUCCUCCUGCUCCAAAGACUGUACUGUUAAGCUAUGGGACACAGAGCGGCUAGAUGGUAAUAUCUCACUGGUGCACAGCUCCAGCAUGCGGCAGUUUAACUGGGGCUACACCCAGUUCUCCCAGUUCAACGCUGACGACACCCUGCUGCUCGUGUCUGGUGUGUACUUGGGCCCACACCACUCCUCGUAUGGGGAAAUCGCUGUCAUCAGUCUGGAAAAUUACAUGCUGUUGUCACGUGUGAGGAACAAGCCAUACGAUGUGUUUGGCUGCUGGCUGAAUGAGACUCACCUGAUCUCUGGGAACCUGCACUGGAUAGGCAACAUGACGUCCUGCUCUGUGCUCUGGCUCAAUAAAGCCUUCCAGGAUGUUGAAUCAGAGAACGUCAACGUGGUCAAGCGCCUUUUCAAGAUCCAGAACUUCAAUGCCAGCACCAUCCGCACAGUGAUGGUGGCCCACUGCCGUCGUCAUGACAACCCAGACUUGCUGCUGGACUACGAGGCUCAGUCUCAGGCUCGAAGGCAGAAAGGGAAGCAGCAGCAGCAGCACCAGCCCCUACUCUUUGACCUGGGAACCUCCGGCAGUGAGGAAGAAGACGAGGAAGAGGAGGGCGAGGAGCGUCAGAGGGAAGCCUGGUGUCACGGCCUCCCCACUGCCCGCCUUCCUCAGCCCACCAUCUCAGGCCUGGAGCAUGUUAUACAGAGUUGUAAAAAUGUAGGGCCCAGGGAGGUGGCGAUUGAGACCCAGGUGGCCCGGAUGAUGGGCAGAGCCCACACUAAGGCCCCUGACUCCAGCCUAAUUGAGCCCUCUGAGCCUGGGGAGGGAGAGGACAUAACAUACUUACUCUUCACUACUGGCAGCCUCACAUACUCCCCUCACCAGAUAGGUAUUAAGCGGAUCAAGCCGGACCAGAUGACCACUUGUGGUCCUGUACUUGGGGAAGAGCGGAGUUCAGAUGAAUUUUUUGAUUCCCUGGACCAUGUCAUUGAUAUCCAUGGACACAUCAUUGGUAUGGGCCUUUCUCCAGACCACAGGUACCUUUAUGUGAAUAGCCGGGCUUGGCCAGUCGGGUGUGUGAUCUCUGACCCCAUGUCCCCUCCUCCCAUUGCUGAAGAGAUAGACCUGCAUGUGAUCGAUCUAAAGAGUUUGAGGGAGGAGAGAAGGAGUCUGCGCGCUCACCGAGCCUUCACGCCUAAUGACGAGUGCUUCUUUAUCUUCCUCGAUGUCAGCAGGGACUUUGUUGCCAGUGGAGCAGAGGACAAGCAUGGCUACAUCUGGGACCGUCACUACAACAUCUGUCUGGCACGUCUGGCUCACGAUGACGUGGUGAACUCGGUGGCGUUCAGCCCCGCUGACCAGGAGCUGUUGCUGUCUGCCAGCGAUGACUCUACCAUUAAGGUGUGGCGCUCGCCGCGCAUGGUCCGCCUAGCGCAGGCCCCAGCCCGACCGCCGAGGCCCCGCAGCCUCCUGCCGUCCUGGCUGAGCCGCAACAAGAACUCCAGCAGUGUCAAUGGAAAACCAUGAGUCAGGUUGGGAAACACUUUGGAGGGAGCGGGGAGAGGAAAGUUUGAUCUGUUUCAUCUGUGGUGUGAAUAUAUAUAUAUAUAUAUAUACACUCCAUGUAUAUGUACAGUGUGGUUACGGUCAGUGGUUUUGCUUGAGCUGUGACACACAGCAGUGCUCAGUGUCUUCAGCUUACAGGAGACGGGACGUGAUGUGACUCAGGGUUAGCCACCAGAGAGCGCCGUUGCACCAGCCGUGCAAGGACAGAAAAACAGACUCUGUCGUGCUGUUGACAGGAGUGAUGUGAAAUGUUAUCAGAUAGAUAGUGUAGAGCUGACACCUAAAUGCACAAGACAGACAUCCAAACAUGUUCCAUAAGAGAUGGUUUUUGUCUGUUUUUAUCUGUAAUGCUGCGUCUGAACAGAGCCAACACAGGACUCCUGGACCUGAGGUGUAAAUAUACUGCAGAGAUGGCACCUUAAGAUCGCGGUCAUCAUGUCCUGCUCCUCAGAGGCAAAGUGCUGAGAACUGAAAAUUAUUUCAGAAAUGUCUUUUCUUAUUAAUGAAUAUAUCCAAUUGAUGUUUUGAGUAUAAACACCUCCAUAAACCCUGUUUUCAGAGAAUUAUAAAACCAUUUAAAACCAAAAGGGAAGACGGCAUUUAGCUGCAUUUACCGCAGUCUGUCUUGGUUUUUAAGUACAUCCCAUCACAUUGUUUUUGUGCCCCAGAAACUAUCCAUCACUAUUCCAUUCAAUGUAGAAUUAUUGAGUAAUAUAAUCUAGAGGAGUUGUUGAGGAACAGUUAGCGUGAAGCAUGACUGUGAACAAAAAAAAUUGCUGUUUGUGUAGCUAAUUGUUAUUUGGGCCUAUAUUCUGUAAAAAUGUAUUUAAACACUUUUAUUAAUUUGUAGCACAAAGCCACACCUAAGAAAUUCAUGUCUCCUGGACUUUAAAUAAAAAAUGUAUUUUCUUUCCUCAUCAUUACAUGUGUCAGAAGGUUUGUUUAGUUUCCAAGCAGAACGUCCCCACUUGACCCUGGACACUUUGACCCUGCAUAGCUUUGGUCAUUUUAGUACAUCCACGUAUUAUUUUCUAUUAAAUAGUGUGCACGUUAGGCACACUGUAGAAUGAGCAAUGUUACAUUACAUAUUUAUAUACUUUACAUCUCCUUCAGGAUACAUCCUGGCUGUUUUGAUCAGUGUGAUUGGGUUAAGGAGGUAUUUUAAUAUGGCCCAAAUAGUUAAAUUCACUAACUUUAAAAGUGAAUUGAUAUAAUGUUCAAUAAAUACAUUCAGUAAUUUGGGGAUUUUAUUAAAGUUAUAAUUCUGUUGAAAGAACAGAUUGUACACCACAGUCUUAAGCAGUAUUUAAUUUGAACAAGAACAAUAAAGAAAAACAUAAAUUUCAUGGAGAUUUUAAGUCACAGAAAUGUCACCCAAUUCUUUAAUUUGGACAUAAUGUAUGUGUGUAGUAUACCUUUAAAAGUGGCUAACAUUUGAUUACAAUAAUCUGAAAUGCUCAUGCAGACCAAUAUCAUCAAGUCAUAAAGUCCAAAGGACAGUGACAAUGAGAUCAAUAGAAAAAGUGGAGCAAACCUUCUGCCGAUUCUAUUCAAAAGCCUCAUCAACACGUCUGUGUUUUUGUUUUUUUGGGCCCCAACAGUCUUUAAAUGUUUGUGUGUACACGGGUUACCCCUUUACUUCCCAUCAUGCCUGUAGUCCUCUUCUAGGUCCUUCAGUUUUAUCGCUCGUCAACCGGUCUCAAAUAAAACAAAACAAAAAGGAAUACAUAAAUGAACCAUGACACUUUGUUUUUCAGUUGCAGUUUAACCAGCUAAGGUUCAGGUACUUUACCUCCUACAUGUUUAUGUUUUCUUGGAGAUUCCCUGCUGAAGGAGGCUGUGACUGAUUUAUAAAACCCCUUAUGAUUGUAGGUUAAUCAGAACCCCGCUAAAGUGAACUGUCUGGUUGUAUUUGCAUGUUGCAAGUUUUCAGAGAAAUUUGUGUGAAUUACUCACUUCAUCAGCUGACCUUUGCCUCCAUUUGAACACUAUUUUUCAUGUUUGGAAAUGUGUGUAAUAAGUCAUGAACCUCUCCUUGGUUCCCUUUGACAACUUUCUUAACUGUUAUUUCAUUUGUCAUGUAAUUUUUACUGUAGCUCCAUCUUUUUAAUCAUGAUGGCUGUCCUCUAAUGUUACUUUCAUACUCCUCUGAAAUAAAAAGCAUGCCCUGAAAGGCCAAAUGUC